AUGGGUUACUCGCCAAUAAAACCAUCACAAAAAAGAUUUGAUCUACAAGGUAUACGUGGUUUGGCUAUAAUUGCAGUUCUCGGUUUCCAUUUUUACCCUGACACAUUUCCAAAUGGAUAUUUAGGUGUCGAUCAAUUCUUCGUUCUAUCUGGAUUUCUGAUGUGUAUGCUUUUGAAGAGAGCUGAAAAAGAGCCACCAUGUACUUUAAUAACUAUAUUCUAUACCAAAAGAUUCAAAAGAAUUCUACCACUUUACCUACUUGUCAUUUGUUGCUCCAUGAUUUGUCUCUUUGCAUUUUUUUCCGGAAAUCAUAGUUGAAACAAAUCAAGAAUCUGCAUUGAGGGCUUUAUUUUUUGUGUCAAAUACCCCGAAAACGGAAGCUCAGGAUUACUUUAUGAUGCUCACAAAAGCAAUAGACAUAUUCACUCAUACCUGGUCGUUGUCAGUUGAAAUUCAAUUUUACUUUUUAAUUCCUUUCAUUUUCCUGUUAGCCACAAAAUUGCCAUCAAAAUUUGAAAAUGGGUACUACGCAUUUAUAGGUUGGUUUUAUAGGAAUCGUGUCAUAUUCUUUUUUCUUCUCAUCCCCUCAAUCGGUAGCAUUCAAUAGCGUUUUUGCGAGGAUUUGGCAGUUUUCAAUUGGUUAGUGGAAUAAUGUGUAUCUACUUGAUUAUUCUAAGCAGCAAAGAGGUGUGAAAUACGUCGAGCUUACAAAAGAGACAGAAGUUUUUGAGAGCUUGCUCACUGAUGACGACAACAAAGAUGUUAGCAGUAAAUCCAACACGCAUUCUGAGCGUUGUGAUCCUACAACGAUCAUCGCAUAUUUGCUAUUAACCGGCCUAGUCCUCAUAACUUCACUUCCAACCUCAUUAGAUGCGUCAGUUAUAAGACCACUUGUGACUAUUGGGACUGGAUGUUUAAUGCUUAUAUCUGAAGAUAAUGCAGUUUUGUCAAAUAGAGUGUUAACCUACAUUGGAGAUAUCUCAUAUUCACUUUAUCUAAUUCAUUGGCCUAUUUAUUCCUACUGGAAGCUCACUUACGAAGGCAACAAGCUAUUGCUUGUUGCUGCAUUGCUCUGCUCAAUUUUCCUCGCUGUUCUUGUUUUUGAAACUGUUGAGAAAUGGUACCUCAAACUAACAUCUACAAAACUUGCACGACUCGUUGUAUUACUAUUCGCUCUGAAUAUAGUUCUGGUAGAACGUGAUCAAUUCGCAAUUCAAAAGAAAGCUAACUUGACGUCGACUGACAAUAUUACAAUUGACGAUGUAAUCCGACAGAACAACAACUGGAAUAGAGGAGACACUGGGAAUCUGUAUGUAAAAAAUUGUAAAUAUGAACAGAAAGGUCCAUUUGGAUGGUGCAAUCACACGGUAUUGGGAUUGAUUCAAAACUACCACAUUAGGCUCAAAGUUUAGGGUUUGAAUGCGACUUCAAAAUACAAGCUGAUAAUCAUUGGUAAUAGUUGGACAGCAAAUCACGGCACAUUGUUUCAUAAAGAAUGUGGUUACAAAGCCAAAACUAUCAUACAAGGAUCCUACCCAAAAUGUGAAAUUAUUUAUCCCACCGAAAACCUAAAACGCUGCAAAGAAUACUACAACAGUUUCCAAGAUCGCGUUAAAAAGGAAAAGCCAGAUUAUCUGUUCAUAGUUUUUAGGUAGUCGAAAACAAUUGGUACAUUUCCAUCGGUGAUCCCAUGCCGAAAAAUGUCACAAAGUUCCGAGACGACCCCAUUUAUAAAUCUAUGAAAGCUCAGUUGCUUGGGUUUCUGUCGAAUACAAGUACAUGGUUUACAUCCUGAAUGUCAUUCCAGCACACAAUUGGGACUUGACAAAGAACAUCGGUAAAUGGCUCAAAGAAGGAGUGAAGCCUCUAGAAGUUGAGAAACGCUUGGGUGAUGAGGUAGGCAAGCCGUACAAACAGGCGACCUACGAAAUGGCGCGAAAAAGAUAUGCGGAGCUAGUGAAAGAGUGUAAUGGACGAUGUGCUCUUGUGGAUUACAAGCUCGAAUUCUAUAACAAUGCUACUAAAACCUACAAAUUAUUUGAUGAGCGAGGAUUUGAAUACUUCACCUCAGGGAUACACAUCUCACCACAUGGAUUGGAAAAAGUUCGGCACAUUUGGACGGAUGUUUGUGCGAAAUUAUGA